AUGGCGCUUCUCAGCAACUUCUUCCUUUGGUUUUCCUGCUUUUCCUGGCUGUGUUUUCCUACUAGGCUUGGUUCUCAGGCUUCUAGAGGAGAAACUCAGAUUGCAGCUGGUGCUGAGUUGAAGUCUGAGGCUGAGCCUUGGUCCUUGCUACAGCGUCUAGAUGAAGGAGACAGAUCUGACUUCCUUUCUCCUGUUUUCAAGGUUCUGUAUGAUGGGCAAGGUGGCACCCCUAAGCUGCAGCCAGACUCCAGAGCUUUGCGCUACAUGAAGAGGCUCUAUAAGGCAUAUGCAACCAAGGAGGGAAUCCCUAAAUCCAACAGAAGUCCUUUCUACAACACUGUUCGGCUCUUCACAUCCUGUGCCCAGCGCAAGCAGGCUCCUGGGGACCAGGCAACAGGAUCUGUUCCAUCAUUGGAUCUGCUGUUUAACCUGGAUCGUGUUACUGCCGUUGAAAACUUACUGAAGUCAGUCUUGCUCUAUACUUUCAGCAACUCCAUUUCUUUUCCCUCUGCUGUUAAAUGUGUGUGCAACCUGGUGAUCAAAGAGCCAGAGUUUUCUAGCAGGACCCCCCGUAGAGCUCAGUCCUCAUUUAACUUCAACUUACAGUUUGAAAGUAAAAAGAAAUACAGAUGGUUUGAGGUUGAUGUGACCACUCCUCUUCGGCCUCUAGUGGCCUCCAACAAGAGAAGUAUUCACAUGUCUGUCAAUUUAACCUGCGAGAGAGGCCAGCGGCAGGAUUCUUCAGCCUGGGACAAGCCAUUUAACAUGACUCUUCUGGUGCCCCCCUCACUGCUUUUAUAUCUGAAUGACACAAGUGCUCAGGCUUAUCAUGGGUGGUAUUCCCUUCGCUACCAACGGAGGCCUUCACAGCGUGCUGACCAGAACGGUGGUCUGUCUGUCUGCUCCAAGGGAGAAGGGUCGGCAGAGGGUGUAAGAUCUUCCCGUCACCGGAGAGGUCGGGAAACUGUCAGCUUGGCAUUGAACAAGCCUCUGGUUCCAGCUUCUUUGAAUCUGAGUGAGUACUUUAAACAGUUUCUUUUUCCCCAACACGAGUGCGAGCUCCAUGACUUCAGGCUUAGCUUCAGCCAGCUGAAGUGGGACAACUGGAUCGUGGCCCCGCACAGAUACAACCCUCGAUACUGCAAAGGGGAGUGCCCCAGGGCAGUUGGAUAUCGGUAUGGCUCGCCAGUUCACACCAUGGUGCAAAACAUCAUCCAUGAGAAGCUCGACUCCUCAGUGCCAAGACCGUCAUGUGUUCCUGCUAAAUACAGCCCUCUCAGUGUUCUGACCAUUGAGCCAGAUGGCUCAAUCGCUUACAAAGAAUAUGAAGACAUGAUAGCCACUCAGUGCACCUGUCGUUAA